AUGAGAUCUCUGUCUGAGGAGAAAAACGAAGGGAGUGAAGAUGACUAUGAUAAUAUGGCUCUUGAGAGCUUCAUCAGGGCUAGGAGUAGUCAGGUAGUGCCUCCUGCACUAGUUGUUGAUAUUGAUGAUGAGGUAGAAGAGGAACCUGGUUCCUUGGUUCGUAAGUCCUCAAAGAAACUUACUGUUCCAAAGUCCAAAAAGGAGUCAUUUGUGAGUGAAAUGGACUUGAGCAAGGUUGAGGGUGAAAAGUCUUGUGAGAAAGAAGCUGAGAAAUCUGGUGAAGAGUUGGUUGAACAAGUUUCUGAGAAAAAGGUGUCCGAGAAAUCUGGUGAGAAAAGAAAAAGUGCAAGACAAUCAGUGAAAAGGAAUGCUAGUGCUAGUGAAGAACCUGGUUCCUCCAAGAGGGCCAAGGCUGGUGCAACCCAGGAUGCUGGAAGGGAAAAACUAAGAAUCCAAAAGGAAUGUGCCAACUGGCGGAGAUCUGUGAAUUCCAAUAGUGGACACAUCUAUUCACAACUGACAAUCCCAAGAAACGUCAUUGUGAAGGAUAAGGCAGUACAGCAAGGGGAACGGGUACACAAGAAGGCCCUCCUUCUAGUGUAUCAACUAAUGUUUGAAAUGGUGAACAAAGUUCUGCUCCCAUGUGCUGAAAGACACUCUAUUACAUCAAGAGCAGACUUGGUUAUCAUGGAAGCACUGGAUGGCUACACCAUCAUAAACCUGCCUGGUCUUAUGAUAGAGCACAUGAAGAAAGUUGCAGAGUUCAAGGAAGGUAAUCAUGGGUUGCCUUACAGGUUUCUCCUCACUAAAGUGUUUGAAUUCUUCAAGGUUCCCUUGGGACAGGCUAAAGUAGGAACUCGCAACCAAUCGUUCUCCAAAAUCACCCUUGAAGAGUGUGAGUGCAUUGAUAGGAGUGGAGGGGUUGGCAACAAUUCGACCAUUUCUCAGUUGAUCAAUGCUCAAGAUAGUGCCACUGAAGAAAUAAGGAAGCUGAAGGAUCGGAAUGCCAUUCUCGAAGGUCAGAUCAAUCAGACCCAGGAGGCAGCUAGUUCCAGUAGUGCCCAAAACACAGAGGUUGCCCGCCUGAGAAAAGGAAAAUGCUGCUCUCAAGAAACAGGUUGA